CAACGAACUGUUAUACGCGUGAUCCACAGCUGCCUGUGCCAUAUGGCGCAUCUUGGAGACGGAGAGAUGAGAGCAGAACUUUAUUUGUGUUACUUUCAUAUACUUUCCUGAGCAUAAAUAGUCGCAGUAGCAAAUCAUGCUGUAGUAUGGUUAAAUGUAAUAAUCAGUUUUAUUUUUCUUUUCUUGCAGUAGAUUGCGCGCUGUCUCAUCAAAUAUCCGGUGCAAGCACCGUUUAUCCUCAUUUCUCAGGGUCAACAGUUCUUCUUUAAGCGGUUGUACCAACUAUGUUUUGAUUAUCUAUCUAAAGGAAUAGGCUACCAGUUUACCAGUAAUGUAUGCGCUCAUGGCACUCUAAUGCGCCUUGGAUAAAAGCGUCCUCCGUGUCUUUUCAUUCCUGUCUUCAUAUAACAGCCUCUGUCUAAUCAUCCACCCAGCAGAGAUGCAGAUCUGUGUGAUUCUAUAUUUGCCCAGAAGAAGAUCCCUCUCGUCUCCUCAAACCGAUUAACCAUUUUUGAUUUCAGCGUGUUUGAUCGCCACAGCGAAUGGAUAAAAAAUGCAUGUUUAAUGCUGCCAUAUGAUUCCUGUGAUUUCAAGUCAGUAAAACCAGUGCAAUACAAACCGAAGCUGUUAUACACGCAUUGAGAUCGGCAAACCUCAUUAAGAAUGAAGGGGUUUUGCGUCGCAGCCACAGCCUACUUGCGUAAAAGCGCAAUGCAAGAGCAGACUGGAGACGGCAGGCUUGUGACUGUUGAGAUGUUUCACCCGCAGAGUGGAUCUCCCAAAUCCCGCUUUGGGCUUGAUGCCCAUUAAGCUACUGGAGGACUCGAUAUCAAAAAGUGGCCAUGGCUAUUAACCAUGAACCUGGAGUCAGACACGCCCAUUGCUUCCUUCUGUCAAAAAGAGCCUCUUUGGUGCUACACUGAACACACACUCUUCGAGUAUGCCAUCCAAUUGCAAGAAAACCCAACGGACUGCUUAGCACCCGCUGUUCCAUCUGAGUAGGAGGUGGCAACAAAAGACCAAAUGCCAUGGAUGUAUUCAAUUUCACGUACUGGAAUGCCUCUGAAGGCAAUGACACAGAAGUUGUGGAAGAGAGUAAAAGCCCCUACAAGACUGUGGAGGUGGUGUUCAUCGUGUUGGUGGCCGGUUCCCUCAGUUUGGUUACAGUUAUUGGAAAUAUCCUGGUCAUGCUUUCCAUCAAAGUUAAUAGGAACUUACAGACCGUCAACAACUAUUUUUUAUUCAGCCUUGCAUGUGCUGACCUAAUUAUUGGACUUUGCUCUAUGAACUUGUACACAGUCUACAUAGUAAUGGGGUACUGGCCCCUGGGCCCGGUGGUGUGUGACUUGUGGUUAGCCUUGGACUAUGUCGUCAGCAAUGCAUCUGUCAUGAAUCUUCUCAUCAUAAGCUUUGACAGAUAUUUCUGUGUCACCAAGCCUCUCAGCUACCCUGUCAGAAGGACCACCAAGAUGGCAGGAAUGAUGAUUGCAGCAGCAUGGGUCCUGUCUUUCAUCCUCUGGGCACCAGCCAUUCUCUUCUGGCAGUUCAUUGUUGGUGGGCGGACAGUGCCUGAGAAGGAGUGCUACAUCCAGUUCUUCUCUAAUGCCGCAGUCACUUUUGGCACUGCCAUCGCCGCCUUUUACCUGCCUGUCAUCAUUAUGAUUCAGCUCUACUGGCAGAUCUCCAGAGCGAGCAAGAGCCGUGUGAAGAAGGAUAACCGCAAGCCGCCAGGAGCCAAUCCAGAGCCCCUGUCGCCUGGCCAGAGAAGGAUAAACACACCAAAACCCAACAAUAACAACGUUCCAGGGGAGGACACAGCACGUUCCCAGAGCCAGAAUGCUGAUGGAGCUAACCAGCAUGACCAGCAUGAUGGAAAACUGCAAAAUGGCAAGGGACCUUCCUCAACCUCUGCUGAGGGAGAAGCCGAAGGUGACGACGUGGCAAAGGAGAACUGCACUCCUGGAGAGGAGAAGGAGAGCUCCAAUGAUUCAACAUCUGGCAGUGUGCCUGCGUCGAUUCAGAAGGAUGAGGAGGCGGCACCAUCCGCCGCUAACUCCAGUGCCGAGACAACCCAGCCACUCCCACGUCAGCGAGCCAAGGCAGGGGGCUCCAAGCUGACCUGCAUCAAGAUCAAGACUAAAUCGCCCAAGGGUGACUGCUACACGCCAUCCAACGCUACUGUUGAGAUCGUCCCAGCCACAGAGCGGCAGAAUCACGUGACACGGAAGAUUGUGAAGAUGACAAAGCAACCUCCCAACAAGAAGAAGAAAAUGCCGCCUUCACGGGAGAAAAAAGUUACCCGCACCAUAAUGGCCAUCCUGGUAGCUUUUGUUGCCACCUGGACUCCUUAUAAUGUCAUGGUGCUUAUUAACACCUUCUGCUCCAGCUGUAUCCCCAACACAGUGUGGACUAUUGGCUACUGGCUGUGCUACAUCAACAGCACCAUCAACCCGGCCUGCUACGCUUUGUGCAAUGUCACAUUUAAAAAGACAUUCAAACAUCUUCUUCUCUGCCAAUAUAAAAAUAUCAGGUCAGCCAGAUAAAUAUGGGCCACUUAGGAGGAAGAGUUGAAGUAUAAAGGGGUGUGUGUGUGUGUGUGUGUGUGUGUGUGUGUGUGUGUGUGUGUGUGUGUGUGUGUGUGUGUGUGUGUGUGUGUGUGUGUGUGUGUGUGUGUGUGUGUGUGGGCAUGUCAAAGACUGCAAGAGUACAUUUGAAAUUACUUUCCACUGUUUUAUCUUUUUGUUUUUGAAUUUCUCUCUCAAUAACCGGUUGUAGCACUUUACACAAGUUCAACUGAUGCCAGUUGCGUUUAGAUCUGUCGUGCAGAAGCAGCAUAGAUUAGUAAGGUUGUGAAAAAUUCAGUUUGACUGAGUUGUAAGCUAAAAAAAAAUGAGGGUGUGUGAGCAGGGACCACUUGGGAGUGACACUGAGCUGAUAGAAAAUGAGAAAAGUUAAAGAGCGAAGGAAGAUCUGCACUGUACGAAAAUACAAGACUUCAAAUGGGAAAAUAGGGCUGACUGAAUUUACAAACCUAAGAAGUUUAAAGUUCAGUGGAGAUACCUGUAGAUAACUGUACAUAUCAGUGCAUACUCAAUAUUUAUGUGGGUGUGCUAGCUCGGAGUAUGUGGGUACGCCCAUGUGUGCCCCUCUGCCUGCAUUUUUUCUGUCUGUAUGUGAUACUCAUCAUGGUACUUCCAACCAGCAACAUGUAGAAUAAAGUGGGGCAGCUUGCGUAGAUUGCCUCUAACAUGGUCACAUCAGGACUGGAUCUACCAAUGAGCCCCUUUGGGAAUGAGUUGCCAUCAAUACAUUAUAGAUAUAUAAAUAUAUUGAAGCUGUACAAUUACCUACUGGUGGCGUUUUAUUCAUGCAGGUGGUAAGGUUGCUUUUAUUUGGCCAAAUAUGUCUCAAAAGUUCUGCCUUCACCUUAAUAAAUGAAUGCAAAUGUGUCUGUGCUCACAGCCUUAAAAAAUGACAUUUUAAAAAUUCCAACAGCAGCAUGUCUCUCCAUAAACAAUAUCCUGGCUACACAGACCUUUUUAAUAAAGAGAUAGUCUAUCUCACAAGUGAGAAAAUGUUCUUUUUCUUUACAGGAUGUUGACCCAUUAUGUGCCAUAAAAUAGAGAUAUAUUUAUCCAGUAGAGACAACUAGUAAUUUGGAUACUACUAGAGAAAUAACCCACAUUGGAAUUGAAGGAACAGUUCAACAAUUUGGGAAAGACACUAAUUAUCUGUCUUCCCAAGAGUUAGAUGAGAAGAUUGAUACCACUCAUGUCUGUAGAUAUGAAGCAGGAUACAGUUAGCAUAGCUUAGCAUAGAGACUGGGAGCAGUGGGGAGCUGCUAGCCUAGCUUUGUACAAAAUUUUAAAACAAAUCAGUCUAUCAGCAUCUCUAAAGCUCACCAAUUAACAUGUCAUAUUUCGUCUGUUUCGUGUGUAAAAUAACCGAAGUGCAAAACGACAGGUUGUGGUUUUAUAAGGUUUAUGUGUGGGACUAUUUAUUUUUUGGCAAGGAGCAAAAAUCUGAACUCUUGUUGUCAUCGUUAGGAAAUCACUACACCCAGCUAAGAAAUAGCCCCUCACGUUUCCCCCAUAGAACCACAACUUGUUUUCACAUUUUUAAUUUGUAUUAAAAAAAACUCACUGAGUAUAGCCUGUCUUGUAUCAUCAUAGAGAAUAAUCAAAUAGCUAUAACAACAACAACAACAACAACAAACAACACAAGUUAUGACUAAAUAAAGAAAACAAAUGUGGCAUGAGAUUGUUCAGUUGCACUCUUUGAUUUGCCAGCCGAUCAUACCAAAUCAAAUGACGUCAGCUUUUCCAACUGCUGACAGGAUGAUUUAUUUUAUGGUGGUUAUCAAGAUGCCUAUGUUUGCUGUCACUGCGAGGAACUGUCCUGCUCUGUAUGUGAAACAGGUGGCUGGAGCUCAGAGCUGUGGUUUAUUACUGUCUUUGGGAAGGCUUUGAGGGUGCGUGUUUCUUUGGUGUGUGUGUGUGUAGAUGAGUGGGAGACAUCAUACGAUUCUGCUGGUUAGUAGAGUGAUGUCACAGCAUGUACUGUACUCACUGUACUGAUGAUUGUGAAGACGUGUGUGUGUGUGUGUGUGUGUGUGUGUGUGUGUGUGUGUGUGUGUGUGUGUGUGUGUGUGUGUGUGUGUGUGUGUGUGUGUGUGUGUGUGCGCGCGCGUGUGUGUGUGCGCGUGAGCUCUGAAGUGGGUGUGGGUAUAUAUGCUGAUGUGUGUUUGCUCCAAGAGUGGAGUUUACUUCUGAUCACGGGUCACAACCUUGUGAUUUAAAUAAGGGCUAUUUCCGCGUCUUUACUGUACAUUUUUGUAACCCAUCUCCUUUUUCUUUUUUAGAAAAUUAACAAGCGAGUUAAUUCAGUCUAUGUAAAUCAUUUUAUUCUGAGAUUGGAAAUAAUGAAUAGUUGUGUCAAUUUCAAUUGGAAAACAAAUGAGAAAAUAUCAAUUUCCUGUAAGACAUGUUCCAUGUAUUCAUGCAUGUCAUCCAUCAUUUCAACCUAUUAGCCCAUUCUCAGUUACAUUAAUGUAUGCUCACCAGUUGGAGUGAUGAAUAUUCAGGAGCAUUUGCCAUUAGGAGGUUGCCACAGUGGCUGGUAGGGGGGCUUUGCAAAGAUUUACGCCUGCACCGAAUAGCUCCUCAAGGCUGUCUACUCAAACCGAGAUCUGGGACAGAUCCUAUAAUGAAAACUCACCAUGAGGCUGAUCAGAUUAUGGGACGAUGUGGAACACCUACAUUUGAGAUUAAAGAUUGCCCAUUACACGCUCUGCUUGUGCUUGCAUGCUACACUCCUAUGUCCCACUUAGUGCUCCACUCAGUCCUGAUCCUGUUAUAGUCUCUACCUCAUAUAUGAGGUCAUGAAUGUAAUGUAAAUAGCACACAUAUGUAUGUGUAUGUAUAUGAGCUUGCUGUAAUAAUAAUUAUCUUUCUCCUGCACUCAUUCUAGCCUUCCUUCCUGCCAUGUUCCACUGUAAAGCUCCUAUAUUUGCAGAACCAGUGCAGGAUAAACAUCCCUGCACAUGCAUUCAAAUUAUGUAGUUGCAGUCACAGAAAUUAAUCACAAUUUUGCAUUAGGCUAGCACACUGACAUUUCCUUUUCGUGGCUGGCAACCUACAGCAACAUGGUAAAUACUAUGUUAAAAUACCAGGCAUCCAUAAACUAUGGAUGCAUCUCCAGCAUGUGGCUGUACAUCAGUGGUGGAAGAAGUAUCCAGAUCCAUUACUCAAAUUAAAGUUGCAAUAUCGCAAUAUAAAAAUAAAAGUCCUGCGUUCAAAAUAUUACUAAAAGGCACACCCUGUUUGAUUUUUAAAAACUUCAGACUCACCCAGAAAAGCAUUAGCUUACAUUACAUUAGCACUGGGAGCAGUGAGGAGCUGCUAGCCUAGCUUUGUACAAAAUUUUAAAACAAAUCAGUCCCUGCACAUGCAUUCAAAUUAUGUAGUUGCAGUCACAGAAAUUUAUCACAAUUUUGCAUUAGGCGCACCCUGUUUAAAAACUUCCGACUCACCCAGAAAACAAUUGUAUAGGUUGGUUGUGGAAGCAGCUUAUAACGACCCAUAACUUACGUUUGUUAGGCGGCGACAUCUUAUGGCUGUAAUAAUUAUCGCGAGAACAAACAAGGAAGUAAGGUGACAGUAUAGUAUAGUAUAGUAAGCAUAAGAGUGCCAAACUCCGUAAGGACAAAGGUUGGUGUGGUGGCUGUGUCGAUCAAAAACAGGAGACUGGAGUUUGGGUCCCGAGUGAAACCAGAAGUCAACAGUCACUUUUUUAAAUUUACCAACUUUUACAGACCUAAGUCUGUGACGUAGUGAAGUCCUUAUUUUAAUUUUACAUGACUAAUUUUAAGCCAAUACCUGAUGUUUUCUAAACGUAACUAAUUCUGUUUCACAACGUUAACUAUGUGUUAAAAAUGGCGGCUUUUGCGUUAAAUAGAACGGUUACGUGAUUAAAACUGCCACCACGUUCCAAGUUACGGUAACGUGUUUAAAACGGCCAUCGUGCGGCCGUGAAUAGAAGGUCAAAUAUGUCAUUUUGGGAGUCACUGGCAACCUGUUGUGUCGUGUAGGAAUGAGUACGUGUUGAAAACUCAGCUAAUCUGUUUGUUUCAUCAUGUCUAUGUGGAUAUGGUUUGAGCAGAUUUGAUUGAUAGUGGCCUGGCAACAUAAACAAACAAUCCACCAAGAGUCAUCAGAUUUUGAUUCAAUAUUGCCUAAUUCUGAUUGGUCCACAAACUUUUUUCAGUACAAGUAGGCUACCUAUACAUUUGUAGUAUUUCAGUACAUUUUCUUUCCACCACUGCUGCACAUACUGUACAUUGAAUGGUCCAUGUUUGUCUCUGCAAGCAGUUUCAGCCAGAACUGAGGCAUCCAUCCAAGUUCGACAUCCAACCAUCCGUCACGGUGAUAAGUAGAGCCAUGGCUGUCUGACAUCCGUCACACAUCUCAGUAGUGGGUAGAGAGCCUUCCAGAAUAUCUGAUUAAUCUUUCCUAAGCUGUCGUUUGAGUGAUACCAGCAGGAGAGUAAGUGGCUCACAGCUCAAGCGGUGGUCCAGGGGUCCCAGUUUGAGCAGCUGCUUAGGUGUUUGAUGGAAGGUGAUGGCAGUUUAUCACCUCCUGGAGCAGGGAGAAGGGCGAGAUGCAUCUAAAAAAGUGCUUAGUGCUGUUAUCUCCACGGCAUGCACUUUAAACAUCAGGAGCAAAGUUCUCAUAAACUGCUUCACUCCCCCUGCUAUUGUUGUCGGACAGAUGAGAAAAAAAAGAUGUUCUUGUAUCAGGCGUUGUCAGGGGGGAGGUGGAUGAUGUGAGAGAAUGUGGGCUUAUUAUAGAACGAGAAAGGGUUGUUUGUUGACAGCGAAAGAGAGAGGCUGUCGUGCAUGUGAGGGAGAAAGGCGACUGAUAGCCCCCAAGGUAGGUGUACACUUUGUUCAUAUGAAACAGAUAAGCUCGCCUUUGUAGUCAUGGCUACAAGGGGGGAGGACGGAGGAGGGGCUUUGUCAGUGACAAAAUCCAAAGCUAGACAUGUGGACCAUGUUUGGAGAAGUCACAGACGUUCUGGGCAGGUCAGCCAAGGGUUUUGCUGCAGGAAUUUCAGUGUCCCAGACGAAAGCUGCCGCCUGGUGUAAACACAGCGUGAUAUGGCGCUGUUUACCGUCUCUCCUGCGCUUUUAUUGCAUCUCAUUCUCAUGUUGUGCAAACAGAAUCCACCGCCUCUUGCUUUAUUGUUAUCAUGAUCAUAACCUUCAUAUUUAAGGAGUCCAUUCUAAUGCAUAUAUGCUCACGUACAGAACAUAUAUUUUGAUGUCCAUCUGUCUAAUAUGACUAGAAUAAACAUUGUCUCCACUGUAAUCAAUAGAUCAUAAUGUGCCGUCAGAGCUAGCUGGGCUCCUCUUCAUACGGCUUAUGUCAAAGGGCUAAACUCCUUUUACGGAGUACACAUGACAUGUAAAGUUUAUCAGAGAUUACUUCAAAUUUAAUUUUUCUCUGGCUUCACUCUUGGGGGGCUGUUGCUGAGAUUAAUCUCACCAAUCUUGUGCAGCCUUGUAGAUGUGAAAACGCAGCAGCUUGUGCAUGCUGGGAGAAUUUUAUCAGAGACGAAAAAUAUAUAUAUAUCGCCAGAUUGUACGGAGCAAUUUAAAGUGCCUUAUCCCUUAUCCAGAGUAACAUAAACAAAUUGCUCUUUUAUCCUAAAAUCACUGUUGUAUCUUUAGUGUGUCUGUGCUGAAAGUAGUUGGUGCUGCAUUGUGCACAUUAAAGAGCAUGUUCAGCAUUUUUAACUUUUUGGUUACAGAUAUUGUGUUUCUCAGCUCUGAGCUCCCAUUACUAUGAUUUUCAUCUUAACACAGCCACUGUCUGAUUGCAGAGGCAACUGAAGCUUGGACUGAACAAUCUAAAAUCAUCAUCUCAAUGCCUUUUUGAAGUAAUUGAUCAAAAACUAUACAGCUGUGACAUAUUUCAAUACUAUCCUGGAGGCACAACGGGCUAUUUUGGUUGAUUUUCCAUUUUUUCAAUCUUUCAAUAGCAACAGGCUUCCAAAGGACUCACUUAGACACAGCUUUGCGUGGUCCUGGAAUAUGUAUAAAUAAUACAUUAUAUUGUACAUUUUCGAUGACAUUUAGUAAAUUUAUUUCUUUUUAUUAUUGUACAAAGUACAAAUUAAAAUAUGAUCAGUGUACAGCCAGAGAGUUUUUCUUUUGGUUGGAAAUUUAAAAUGUUAUUUAAGAUCUAUAAAGACGAUUAUUAUGGGUUAUGGAAGUGUUUCAAAGAGAAUAUGAUUACAAGAGUAAAAGGUAUGUGCAUUUCUGGGGGCAUGAUUUGCUGAGAAAUGGAUUCCUGCUUUGCAAAAUGAGCAACCAAACCAAACUUUUCAACUUCGGAGCAGCGUUCAAUGGGAUUUGAAGAGUAACUUGCAGCCAGAAAGGAGAAAGGGAAAAAAAAAAAAAAAAGGGCAAACCUGGAAACCUGGAGGAGGCAAAAAAGCUAAAACUAGUUUCCAGUGACCCAAAGGCCCAGAAGCAAGGGCUUCAUUUUGAUUUCACCUGUAAAUGCAUUAGGCCUCACACCUUGUGAAGAAGCUGUCGUCUGCUAUCUUACCGGACACACUUUAUAACUUUUGCAAUUUUAACAUCCUGGGGAAAAGGUUUUUUUUGUGUGGAGCAACCAAUGGGUUGAGGGUUGAGCUAUUUGACCCUAUCUGAACUUCAAGGGUCACAGUUAACAUGUGGAUUUAAAACAAAAUCAGCAAACAAACAAAAAAGAAGAAGAAAAAAAAAAUCUGUAGCCUGCGGCAAGUGUUAAAUGUACAUACAAAUGUUCAUUUUUCAUUUGCUUAUGUAUGUAGAUGUCCAUUGUGUAUUCACUCACUGUGGCUUGUGGCUUCUCUUGCAAUAGGAAAAAUAAAUUUUACAAUCUAUUGUUUGCAUUGUAUAUAUCUAUAUGAUAAUAAAUUAUAUGUAAUUCGGAUGUGGUACAUUUGAAAUGUACAUACACGUCUUUAAUAGCUACUAUCUGAAUGUUUCCUCCCCGAAAGAAUCCCUCAUUUAACACCCCCCCCU